AUGGCUGAAGCAGCUCUAAUCAGUGGAUUGCUUUCAAACUUGGCACCUCUGAUUAAGGAUGAAUUCUCGUUGGUUUGGAAUUUUAAGAAGGAGGUUCAAAAGCUAUCGAGCACACUAUCUUCUAUUAGUGCCGUUCUUGAGGAUGCAGAAAGAAAGAAGGACAAGGACAAACAAACGGAAGAUUGGUUGCGGAAGCUCAAAGAUGCAGCGUAUGAGGUUCGAGACAUCAUGGAUGAGUGCACCUUUCAAGAUCUUCGUCUUCAAGUCAAAAGGCGUAAUGCCUCCUCUUCAACCCGGAUCAAGGUAACCAACUCAAUAACCCAUCCUUUUAUCAGUACUUGGACACGUCUAAAAUUUGGUCACAAAAUUAAGGAUGUUCAAGAGAAGCUUGACCAAUUUUCUUCAGAGCGCCAAGCGUUACGUUUGAGUGAAUCUAUUCCUGACUCAAAAAUAGUUAAGUUUACUAGUCGUUGGCGUGAAACCAUGUCUCUUUCUAGUUGUAAUCAAGUAUAUGGGAGAGAAAUGGAGAAGAAAAAGAUUAUUGAUAUUCUGGUCAAUAAUACAUCUGGUGAUUGUGCUGAUAAAAAACUAUCUAUUCUGCCAAUUGUUGGAAUUGGGGGUCUCGGUAAAACAACAUUAGCCCAGACGGUCUUCAACGACAAGGAGAUUACUAACCAUUUUAAAACCAAGAUCUGGGUUUGUGUUUCUGAUGAAUUUGAUAUUCAAUUGGUGAUGAAAGCCAUCUUAGAAGAAAAGGCGGAAGCACGCUUAGAAGAAUUGCAGAAAAAAGUUAGAGAAAAAUUGAGCGGGAAAAGAUAUUUGAUUGUGUUGGAUGAUGUUUGGAAUGAAAAUGUUGAGGCAUGGGACCAAUUAAGAUCUAUCUUGGAUUGUGGAUCAAAUGGUGCGUUCGUCCUUACCACGACACGAAAAAAAAACGUAGCAAAAAUCAUGGAAACGAUUGAACAUUUUCAGAUAUCAUUGCUCUCUGACGAGGAUUGCUGGCUACUCUUUGAAGGGCGUGCAUUUAUGUGUGGAACACCAAAAACUCCAAACUUUGUUGAUAUUGGAAAAGAAAUAGCUAAAAAAUGUAAGGGUGUUCCCUUAGUUGCCAAAACAUUGGGAAGUCAAUUAGGCUUCAAAAGUAAUAUAAAUAAAUGGUGCAAAAUAAGAGAUAAUGAGGUAUGGGAUAUAUCUCAAAAUGGAGAAUCUGAUCUCAUGCCCAUUCUAAGGUUGAGUUACUAUGACCUCCCUUAUUAUUUGAGAAGAUGCUUUGUGUUUUGUGCUAUAUUUCCCAAGGAUUCUAAAAUUGAAAAGGAGAGAUUAAUCCAAUUGUGGAUGGCGCAUGGUUUAAUUCCUACAGUUAAAAACCAAGAAAUGGAAGAUACUGGGAAUGAAAUUUGGAAAGAGUUAUGCUGGAGAUCCUUUUUUCAAGACGAGAAAUCAGAUCAAUAUGGAACUUAUGAAACUUGUAAGAUGCACGAUCUUAUGCACGAUCUUGCCCAAUCCGUUAUGAAAGAUGAAUGCUAUACGUUGGAUGCUUAUAACUCAAGUGAUGGUUUAAAACGAGAAAUCCGUCAUCUAACGGUAAUGGUUGAUAAAUUUGUCAAAAAAUCAGUUCGGUCUUUCAAGAAAAUUGGAGGGUUGCAAUCACUAAUGCUGAAUGGCAAAGAUGUUGAUGCAAAGAAAACUUUUUUGAGUGUCUUAAAGGAAUUUCCGGCUUUACGUGUCCUUGAACUAAACUGUGAUAUGCCGGUUGUAAAUUACCUGUUUGAAUAUAAUAAGUAUCAGGAUUUGGAUAAACAUUUGCAUUACUUGGGAAAUAUAAAACAUCUUAGAUACUUAGACAUUUCCGGUAAUCAUCAGAUAACAACAUUGCCGGAUAGUAUAUGUGAUUUCUUGAACUUACAGACUUUGAAACUCAAUGAGUGUUCUAAGCUUGAAAGUUUGCCCAGAAAUACGAAAGACCUUAUUAGCCUACGACAUCUUUAUUUGAAGGGUUGUUAUAAAUUAAAAUAUAUGCCUAGAGGGAUGGGGCAAUUGAAACAUCUGAAGACGUUUAGCUUGUUUGUGAUAAGCAAGAAUGAGAGAGACUGCCAACUAGAUGAAUUAAAAGAAUUGGAUAUCGGCGGAUCAUUGACAAUUAAGAAGCUUGGAAGAGUUAGUGAUGCAUCUAUGGAAAGAGGGAUAAGUAUGGCUAAAAAGACGAGUAUCAAUGAAUUGAAGUUGGAAUGGAGAUCUAUCAUUGAAGAUGAUGAUAAUGUGAGCACGAGAAUUAGAGAUGAGAAAAUUGGUGAAGCUCUAGAGGUUUCAACUGCAAGGCUAAAGAAAUUGAAAAUGAUUGGUUACAGAGGUGUGAAUCUUCCUAAAUGGGUGGGAAAAUCAUAUCCUUCCCUAACACGCCUUGAGCUUAGUACUAUUGCUAGUAGCAGCGUUGACAAUGAAAUGAUAGUACUAUUCCCUUUGUUAGAGUAUUUAGAUAUUUCUUACAUGAAGAAUUUAAGGGAAUUGGUGUCACAUAGCUGUUGGAGUACUGGAGCAUUCCCUAAUCUAUGCAAGAUUGAUAUACAAUAUUGCCCAAAGUUAGGGGCCUUGCCACCUCAUCUCAAAGCACUCAAAGAUGUAAGAGUUGAAGGUGAAUGUUCGGAUGAAUUGUUAUACAGCAUCUGUAAUCUUAAUGGUACUCUCACUCAUCUGAGUCUUAAUGAAUUGAAUAAUGAUGUGGAGCAUCUAGUGAACAACAACAUGAAUGGAAUUGAAGUAGUGUUAUUCCCUUUGCUAAAGCUACUUAAGAUUGGUGGCAUGAAGAAUUUGAGGGAAUUGGCGUCUUCUACUAUUCCUAGUGCCGAAGCAUUCCCUAAUCUAUGCAAGCUGCACAUAGAGUAUUGCCCGAAGCUAGGGGCUUUGCCACCGCAUCUCAAAUCACUCAAAUAUGUAACUGUUUGGGGUGAAUGUUCGGAUGAGUUGUUAUAUAGUAUCUCGAAUCUUAAUGGUACUCUCACUGAUCUCAGACUUGAUAGAUUGAAUAAUGAUGUGGAGCACAUAUUCACCGUCAACAAUAACAACAUGAAUGGAAUUGAAGUAGUGUUAUUCCCUUUGCUAAAGAGCCUUACUAUUGGGGGCAUGAAAAAUUUGAGGGAAUUGGUGUCUCCUACUAUUCCUAGUGCCGGAGCAUUCCAUAAUCUAUGCAGUCUGACCAUAGUUAAUUGCCCAAAGCUAGGGGCCUUGCCACCGCAUCUCAAAUUACUCAAAGAUGUAACUCUUAGAGGUGAAUGUUCAGAUGAGUUGUUAUAUAGCAUCUCAAAUCUUAGUGCUCUCACUCAUCUCUCUCUUUAUAAUAUGGAAGAAAGAAGUGUUUUAUUUGGAGCUGGUUAUAUGGCAUUAAUGUUUGCGGACAAUAAUAAUAAUGUAGCACAAAUAGGAGGAGGAGGACGCUCAACUUUCCAAUCUCUUCAAUUUCUGACUAUCCAGAUAUGCAUGAAGUUAAGGCGUUUGUUUGAGGAGGGAAUGAUGAAGCAAGAGACAUCAAAGAUUAGUGGCUUCAUCAACUCUCUCACGGCAUUGGUUAUCUGGGAAUGUCCGGAGUUGAUAAUAUCAGUUGAGGAAUUUGGAAACCUCAAUAUUAAUAAUAAUUCACUACAGAAAUUGGUGCCUUCAGAAGAAGCGGACAAUUUUAUUGCAUUCCUGCGUUCCCUUCGAACCAGACUUGAAUUCUACAAAGUAGAUAAUCUAUUGGAAGAGUCAAUUAGAAGGUACUUCAGUAGGCUAUUAUGCAGAUUAAAGAGACAUGGAUAUUCUCCAGCUGCUUACAUUACUGUUACUGCAAUGCUUAGGGUUUAUCUGUUUUGUUGCUUUACUGCUUCAUUUUCGUCUGUUCUUAUUCUGCUUUACUGCUUUACGUUUAAUAGAAUGCCAAGGAGACAGGAUGAGUUGUUGAUCUAA